GUGUGUGCUCUGCAGAUGGAGAUGAACAAGAUGAAAGAGGAGAACAAAUUGUUGAGGGAAGUUGUGGAGAAGACGGCCAAGGAUUACUACGACCUUCAAUUGAAAUUCGCCUCUAUCCAACAGCAACACAAUAACAAUACCAAUUACCCCAAACCCAAGGAUCCAGAGCUUUACCUCUCCCUUGGAGGGAACAUCAACAAUGGUGGCAAAGGUGCACAAGCGGAAGAAUUACAGAAGCCAAUGAAUAAUAUUAAUAAUAAUAAUAAUCCCAACAAGAGACCAACGGACGAUGAUGAUCAAUUGGGACUGUCACUAAGGCUCCAAACUGCCGCCGCCGCCGCCGCGCCGCCGGUUCCACGACGGCGGCCGCUAGUCUUGGGAGGAGAUCUGGAAUUAGUGCAUGAUGGCGGGGCAUUAAUGGUGGCUCAUCCAAAUAAGCUUCAGAGAAGGGAUGAUCAGCAGCAGCAGAAUUUGUUAGCUGCUGCUGCUGCCGCGUCAACUACGACAACGACGACGACGACGAGUUCUUCGUCGUGUCCGGCCAACCGGAAAGCUAGGGUUUCAGUCAGAGCCAGGUGUCAAUAUUCAACGAUGAACGACGGCUGCCAAUGGAGGAAAUACGGGCAGAAGAUCGCCAAGGGAAACCCCUGCCCGCGUGCAUAUUACCGCUGCACCGUAGCUCCGGGCUGCCCGGUCCGCAAGCAGGUCCAACGGUGUCAGGACGACAUGUCCAUUCUCAUCACAACCUACGAAGGAAACCACAACCACCCUCUCCCCGCCGGCGCCGCCGCCAUGGCUUCCUCCACCCCCUCCGCCGCCGCCGCCUCCUCCUCCUUCAGCUUAUACAACCCCUCCUCAAACGACGCCACCGGGACAGCUGGCAACUUCGUCCACGUCCCGUACCACCAACAGCAGGAAUUACUGUUCAGCCCUUCUCCUCCGCCGCCUAGUCAGCAGCUCUAUCCUUAUCCACUACUGCCCACGGCAGCUGGAAACCAGCCAUGGAGGCGGAAGGCGGCUGGCGGCGGCGAGUUGGCCGAGAAUGUGAGCACGGCCAUGGCGGCGGAUCCCAAGUUCAGGGUGGCGGUGGCGGCUGCCAUUUCCUCGCUCAUUAAUAAAGAGGCCUCUACUAGUAAUAAUCACUAAUUAGUAGGCUAUUUAAGUUUGAGUAGUUCAUUAGCCGGCAAUAAUUGAUUAGGGCACUUGGACCUAAUUUGAUUUGUGUAGGGAGAAUAAUACCGAGGAAAUUGAGGAUGGCGAUCCAUUAGUAAUUUGAGUUGGAAAGGUGGGAAAUGGAAAAGGUGAAAACCUAAUUCGUCUAUGUAUGUGUGUAAUGAUAAUU